AUGCCGCCUAAUGCUCAGGCUAUCAAUGGCCAAGCGCGUCGUUCAAUUGGGGAGAGACCUUCGCUCCGACAAGCUACUUUGGUCUUACCAAGUGGGGAACGUGUCAAAGGAAAUGUGACCUUCGGACCUCCCAGCCCUAGGGAUGGCGUGUUUGAAGAGCAAAGGUCCCCUCUGUUGGGAGAAUAUGCUGUGUCGCCAGAAAAGCAGCAGUCUAGUGUGCAAAGGAGUAUUCAAUACGUCAAGCGAAGAGGGCAAGAUACAUUGGCCUUUGCCAAUUCAAGAACCGGCAGAGGCGUCUUCAAGUGCAGCAUUGCCUACCUCCUUGGUAGCAUGGCAACUUUCGUUCCAUGGAUCUAUCAUUCUCUGGGCAAAUCUGGCGGCAAACAUGUUGUCGCUACUAUCACAGUCUACUACCACCCUGCUCGCUCAAUCGGCAGCGCGUGUGAAGCUCUUAUUUGCUCCAUGGCCGCAUGGCUCUACGUUGCCGCCGUCUCGUUUUCUAGCAUGGGCGUAUCAAUCCUGUUCGGCAAGUCCCUGGACUUGAUCGUUGUCGGGCAUGUCAUUGUUCUGAUAGUCUUUUGUGGUGGAGGCUUAGGGUUCGUCGGGUGGGUCAAGCAGAGAUAUAGUCAUGCCGUUGUGAAUAUCUCAUGUUCUCUAGCGGCGCUUGCAUUGAUCACUGUCUUGACAAAGGAAGGCGCUGUGCAAGUCGCACAGUUCUCAGUUGAAAAGGUGAACCAAGAGUUGAAAAUGGUUCUCAUGGGUGUCGCCUUCUCGACCAUCACGUCACUCCUGCUUUUCCCCGUAUCAGCGUGCAAAGACCUACGUGCAGACAUGAUACGAAUGACGGACCUUUUUGGUGACGUCUUGGCUGUAAUCACCCGUGGGUUUCUCACGGGUUCAGAUGAAGAAUUGCAAAGCCAGGACUACGCAGACGCUUAUGCUAACUACAAGAAAAUAUUCGCCUCUAUGAGCAAAAAUCUAAAAGAAGCGAAGAGGGAGCACUACGUCCUAGGUAGUGAAAAGUCUGGAUGGUCUCAACUCACCCCCCGCUCGCGGACUAUGUUGGAAUCCCUCGAUGAGACACCUGAAGUCAGAUCAAUCGAGACAAAUGACCCCGUAGAAAUGGACUUUCGGGUGCUUUCUGAUGACGAUUCAAAUUCCCUUCCGCCAAUCCGCUCUCCUUCCGACAUCUUCACACGCUUUAUCGCGCAAUUAGGCCCUUCAAUGGUAGGUGAAGAUUGA